AUGGAAGACAGGAUGGUCAGGUUGGUGAGACUAGCUAGCAGCAGGGGUUCUAGAACUGUUGGUAGCAGAUACAGCAAGGGUUCUAGAACUGUUGGUACCAGAUACAGCAGUGGUUCUAGAGCUGUUGGUACCAUGUAUAGCAGGGGUUCUAGAACUGUUGUUACCAGAUACAGCAGUGGUUCUAGAACUGUUGGUACCAGGUACAGCAGGGGUUCUAGAACUGUUGGUACCAGGUACAGCAGUGGUUCUAGAACUGUUGGUACCAGGUACAGCAGUGGUUCUAGAACUGUUGGUACCAGGUACAGCAGUGGUUCUAGAGCUGUUGGUACCAGAUACAGCAGUGGUUCUAGAACUGUUGGUACCAGGUACAGCAGUGGUUCUAGAACUGUUGGUACCAGAUACAGCAGUGGUUCAAGAACUGUUGGUACCAGAUACAGCAGUGGUUCUAGAACUGUUGGUACCAGGUACAGCAGUGGUUCUAGAACUGUUGGUACCAGAUACAGCAGUGGUUCAAGAACUGUUGGUACCAGGUACAGCAGUGGUUCAAGAACUGUUGGUACCAGGUACAGCAGUGGUUCUAGAGCUGUUGGUACCAGGUACAGCAGGGGUUCUAGAACUGUUGGUACCAGGUACAGCAGUGGUUCUAGAACUGUUGGUACCAGGUACAGCAGGGGUUCUAGAACUGUUGGUACCAGGUACAGCAGUGCUUCUAGAACUGUUGGUACCAGAUACAGCAAGGGUUCUAGAACUGUUGGUAUCAGAUGA